AUGUCUAAUCAAGAAGAAUCAGUACUCUCUGAUGAACAAAUCUUACAGUUUGAACAACAAAUAAAAGAUGAAGAAGCUCAAAAAAUACCAUUAGUUUGUCAAAAAGAAUCUAUUUCAACGCUUAUUGAAGAAUAUAAAGACAACAUGCCUUUCUUUAAGAAGGUUACUAAUCUAAAUAACGAUCAUGAUAGUAUAAGAAAAUGUCGUGGGGAUGCUUUUGCUUUUGCAUGGUUUGAAAGCGCAAUUAAAGAUAAAUGUAUAUACAACUUACGACUUGAAAAACUUAAAGAAACAGAGAAUUUAUUACAACUAGGCGGAUUUGAAAAGUUAGCCUAUGAAGACUUUUAUGAAGUAACACUACAACAAUAUGAAUCCUUAAAUAAGAACGAUCCUGAUAUGCUUUUGAUUGGAUUUCAAACAGAUGAAAUAAGUAAUGCUAUUGUAAUGCAUUUUCGGUUCAUAGCUUCUGCUUACCUUCGUAUUCAUUCUGCUGAAUAUGAGCCAUUUCUAAUUGAUGAAAUGAUAUCUAUUGAUGAAUUUUGUUCAAUGCAUGUUGAAGCCUUUGGUAGAGAAUCAGAUCAUUUACAAAUCAUUGCUCUCAGUAAAGCAUUAGAUGUACCUAUACAGAUUGUAUAUUUAGAUGGGGGUAUAGAUGACAGAGCAGCUAUACAUGAAUUUUGGCCAAAUGAAGACGAUAAAACUAAGACGCCUAUUAAAUUAAUAUAUAGGCCAGGUCACUAUGAUAUUUUGUAUAACAAAUCAUAA